GACAGCGCUGUCCCUUUAAUUGUGAACAUAACGGACGUACUUUGUGCGUCAUCACGUCCCUUAGCAAAAACAACCCGAGGCCAUGGUCCAAAUCGUGCGUUUUCUGGGAUUUUAAUCGCCUCGUUUAUACACUGGAGUCAGAUUCAGCAGGCAGGAAAGGACCUGAUUUUAAGCGUCUAGAGAACCACAACCAAGAUGAUCUACGUAAUAAUGGGAGUCUCAGGUUGUGGAAAAAGCACCUUUGGGAUUUUCUUGUCUGAAAAGCUGGGCUGGCCCCUGUAUGAAGGGGAUGACUUCCACCCACAGGAGAACAUUGAGAAGAUGUCUCGUGGUGAAGCACUCACAGAUCAGGACAGAUUGCCGUGGCUUCUCAAGCUACAUGACAUCAUUCAGAGAGAGAGGAGUUCAGGCUCUGAUGCUCUUGUGGUGUGCUCUGCACUGAAGCACCAGUACAGACAGAUCCUCAUCUAUGGCUCCAAGGCCCUCGCUUCCCCUUCCGACCCAGACCAAGAAACCUUGCCUCCCUCUUGUCCUGAUGUCUUUUUUCUCUUCCUGCAUGGUGACUAUGAAUUCAUUUACCAGAGGAUGGUGGCCCGGAGGGGUCACUAUAUGAGAGCAGACAUGCUGCGUUCUCAGUUUGAUACUUUAGAACCUCCGUUGGAUGAGGAGAAUGUGCUGACACUGGACAUCAAGAGGGGGAUCACUGAUAUGGCUGUGGAGGUUGAAAAGCACAUAAUCAGUUGCAGGUCAUCCCCAGCGUAGCCCUGACCACUAAAGCAGACCGAAUGACAGUCAUCUCCAUGUUUUCAAGCGUGGUCGGUUUUCAAUCAUGCUUGUUGGUAGUUGUCCAGAGUGAAAUAAUAGUUCCAAACUGGACUGCCAUUAAAUUUCACAGUGCUUACAGCUCCUUCAUACUUUGGUGCUCACCUGACUUUUCCUUUAUCACCCCCAAAGGUGGACACCUGUGAUCCUUAUCAACUAUAGCAUUGAUUUUCCAACAGAUAUUCAGGGUCCUACAGGAUACAUUUUAAUCACUUUGGUGAUCCCCUCUCUGGCUUUUCAGAGCAUCCAGCAAGUCAAAGUUUCCACUUAUUUGGAAAUAUCCAACAUCUGUUCAAUGGAUUGGUAUAUAACCUUGGUAGUGGACACCAACUUUAACCCUGAGUAUUGCAAAAAACUAUUGAUCAGGUACUUUUGGCUGCUCCAUUAGGGAUCCCCACAUCAGAUGGAUCUGCAUGUUUGAUUUGGCACAGAUGCCCUUCCUGAUGCAACCCCUUUAGUCAGGCUUGGGACAGACACUGGAAAGUUGUGAUCCUAUGAGGCUGGGUUUGUCUUCUCCCGGUCUCCAUGUGGGGAUUCGUUAGCAUGUAAGACAAAUGAGUUAACCACUGUGCCAUGAACUAUUAAGAAUUACUGAACAAAUUUCUGUAUAUUUUGGAAUAGACAUUCUGGGUCCUCAGGGAAUGCGUUCUAAUAAAAAGUCUGAUUAUAUGAUUAUUUCUUUUAUCAGGCCAAAAUUCAUAUUUUUAGAUACUUUAAAAUCAAAUAUCUACAAACCAGUGUUAGCAUGUCAACAUGUCAGACUAAGAUGAUGAACAUCAGCAUAGCAGCACUGCCGUGUACCAUGUUAGCAUUUAGCUCAUAGGAACAAUGUCCCUAAGUAGAGCAACACAGAGUGUGUUGGCCUUUCCUCUUGUUCUAGUCCCCUCUGAAUACCUAAAUCUAUAUUUGGUUUGUAGUGAAGAUGAGAAAUAAAUAACAGAUUCAUUAGCUCUUUAGAAAAGAAUAAAAUACAGAUCAAAAGUUCUGGUUGGCCACAAACAUUUAAAUAUUUAAGUGCCAUUCCAAUAAGUGCAUUGUGUGUACACUGUAUGAGCAAAGGUUUUGAAACUGAACCAACCUCUGUGUGUGUGUGCUGCUGUGAUUUCUGCUUAUGUGGGUGUAUCCACGCAUUCGCCAGCCUUAGGUUCCACCCUUCUGUACAGCUGAUUCUACUAAGCAAUUAGGCCAGACUGCCUUUGUUUUGUGCUUUGUGGAGAGGAAGGUGUUGCUCGUGUAACUGUUUUGAGUCUUUUUGUUUAGUGGCCAGCUUCUAGGUUUUUCCUAUGUUUCUUUUCUUUUGAUUGUAAUCUCCUUUAGGUUAAUCAUUUAAUUAAAAAAAAAAACACUCACACACACACACACACUUUUUUAAUUGCCAAUUUUGCCUUCUUAUCUCCUUUUUCAACCUGGACACUUUUUGUUACUUCCCACAUCGCCUAGACUUUUCAGGGAAAGUAACAGUGAUUUUAAGUGUUCAGUGUUUUUUCUCAUUAAUAAUCUGAUGUCAAUCUUUCUAGUAGUUGGAAUAAACAUAUUGAAGCUC